CUCAGUCUUUUAGACCCUUGUGUUGGCAUCUGAGUGAGUUGUGCGGCAGCCAUGCAGCCAUCGGGUAGUGGCGCUGGUGGUGCUGAAGGUGAGGGCCCCGGCCCCAGUGGUUACCGGGCCCCAUUACACCGCCGGGGUGGGCCUGGCAGAGAAAGAGCACUGAUGGAAGCUGCUAGAGCUCGUCCCCGGGGUGAGCGGGCACCACGUGCCCCAGGACCUGGUGGAGAUGUAGCACCCGUGGCUGUAAGGCCUAGACCUGGAGAGGUGGUGCUCACACUCAGAGUGCCUUUCCAGUCCCCGCUGGAGGCAUGCUUAGCUCGCAGGUCUCUGCUCCCAGAUAUCCAACGCCACCAAGGAAGUAUUCGGAAGGAAUUUGUAGUGAAUGGCAGUGACUUGAUUGUUAGAUGGACUGCUGAAGACGUUGCUUUCAUCCGACUUUCCAUCAACCCAUUCCUCGAUCAGCUUUUCCUGGUGAUUGAGAACAUUCGGAGCCUUGCGAUACCACCUCCCCAGAGCCUAGGCUGAGGAAAGGGGCUGAAACGUAACCUUGUGUCCCCUGCUCGGCAAGGCAUAGGGAAUUCAAACUCAAGAGUAAUUGUCACUUUGUUAUUUAAGUCUUAAGUUUUUGCCUGUAGUGGCCUUUAGUCUCUCUUGGUUCACUUGCUUUGUUUCUUGGCUGCUUGAGGAGUGAGAUGCCUCAGUAUUUAUUAUAGCAGAAAAUAAAGCUAAGUU